AUGCAUCGGUUAUGCGCAGCUGAUCCGACACUUUACGAGGCGCAACAGCGAAUUUAUCCCUCAAGAGGGAUUUGCUAUUCCUCCACUUCCGCUAUGUACGUAGACUCAGUGUGUCUAGGGGCCCAUGAUGAAACAAGGACCGUGAUCCCUGGACCUUGGCUGGGGAUAAACACACUCCAGAGUGAGAGGAGACCUCCGAGUGACUUGACCGACCGACUGACACGCUGCCUUACCCUGCCCUGUUAUUUAUACAUCACAUCAAUAGACCACAACACCAACGAGCAUAUCUACUGUGAGUUCUUUCCUACCGUUCCACAUCACCGUCCCAAACCAAACCAGCCUAACACGAUAUUCAGGCCGUCCCCUUUUCCCAGCAGCCAACAAUUCAAGAUCCGACUUGCAAACCACAACCUCCGAGAACAACACAACACAACAACCCCCCAAGCCAACCAAACACAUCUCCAACCACCACCAAGCCAAAAAUGCCAAACGGACCCGGCGCCGCAUCCAUCUCGACCAUCGAGAGCAUCAUCAAGCCCGCCGAGGCGAGCGGCGGCAGCGGCAAGACCAAGUGCAUCGAGUGCGACGGCUACGAGUGCUGCUGCAUCCCGAUCCCGUGCACCGUCAUGUGAGGCGCAUCGCACCAACUCAACAACCAGAUGGGAGGGGGGGAAGAUGAUAUCUUCUGGGGCGAUGUUAUGGACAGACACGAAGGCAAAGAGUCGGUCGAACCUUGAGGUCGUUGUAGGGAGGAGGAUCCCUUGGGUCGGGGGGUAGGGUUGAAAAUGAUGAUAUCCAGCUUGAAAUUACACACACGCACAACGCUUCACGCAUGAGGGAAUGACUUUGCUGUAGCCUUUCCUUCCUUCUCGUGGGUUGGAAGAAUAAAUACACGAUGGCCGUAUCCUACAGAGACAGACAGUAUUAUCCAUCCUACGCAAUGAAUACAUGACCUCGGGACGCAGACCAAA